AUGCCAUCCGCCGUGUGCAACUACGGUGAGAGCCAGAUCAACUUCCUUGUACCCCGUGCACCCGGAGUAGCAUGGACCGAGUCAUCGGGUCACACAUCUGCCCCCAGACGCCGACACGUCAAGUGCGAUGAAGCAAAGCCCUCCUGUCAACGAUGCGUCAAGUGGCAGGGCUUCUGUGAAGGAUACGAUACUUCAGGCGGGUCUUUGACUUCCACUGCUGCACCAGACAGCAAGUUAGACAGCAAGACUUCUAUAGAUCGGUCUUCGAUAUUACUUCCGACCAAGAAUUCCGCGGCAAAUAAGGUCAAAUUUCGUCUCCAGUCCAGCGCUCCAAGCCUAUCAGUUGAGCUCACCGACAAUCUGUUCGAAGACUUGACAGAACGGCAAUACUUCGACCACUGGCAUGCCUACAGAUACCAACUAGGCGGUGGCUUCUUUGACGAGCAUUUAUGGAACGAGAGCAUUCCCCAGAUGAGCCAUCAGCAUGCUUCGAUAAGAUACGCAGCCAUGGCCAUCGGAGGCAUUGCCAAAGCCCUCCGACAGAGCCUGAAGCCUACUAGCCUGGCACAAAUGGGUGCUAAUGGGCCGCACUAUGCUCUCGCCUUGUCUUACUACGGGCGCGCCAUUCGGGAAAUACGAAAGGCAACCCCAAACACCAGCAGUCUCCAGGCAGCGAUCAUAUGCUGCCUCCUGUUCGUGUGCUUCGAGGUUCUGCACGGUGAUCGAAAAGUCGUCUUCUCUCACAUCAGCAACGGCCAGAAGAUGAUGGAUGAGCUUUUGCGGAAAUGCGACGAAGAUAGUCGCCUAAAUCAGAGCGUCAUCGGCGCCGAAUCUGUCGAGAUGGACGUACUUCACGUUUUCCAACGGCUGAUCCAGCAGUCUUGGUCUUGUGGCGUCCUCAGAAGGCGGGAUCAAGGAGCCUCGGAACAGCCCAGCGACGAUCAGAAGAACUCUUUUUCUGAACGGUCAUGGUGUUGCCGAGGGGGUUCUGGAAGAAAGUGCACCUACCACAAAACGCCAUCAUCCUUUGCGACACUCGAAGAAGCCCGUCGCUGGUGGGACGUCACGCAGCACUACGUGACGCACUCAUCCAAUAUCGUCUUACCAAUCACUUAUCUGGGAUUGGGCGACGAUCUCGUGUCCGAAUGCAACGAACGCAUCCAAAGGCACAUGGACGAGAUCGAUAUGGCCAGAGCGGGUCUGAAACCAGCGACAGCCGAGCGAUGGGAGGACUUCAAAGACGCCCUCGAGAGAUGGCAUGGCGGCUUCGAGCACUUGUGGCUAGCUGCUCAGGAUAACAGGAAUGAAGAUGAGAAGUCAUACGCGCAGGCAGCAUAUCUGCGCGUGCACUACCUGUCGAUGUAUAGCUGCGUGCACUCGCCCCUUAGCUGUAGCUAUGAUAGCAUCGUGUGUCUGACGCCCAAGUAUCGCGAGAUAGUCGAGCUCUGCAAUAGCCUGCUAGAGUACCAAAAAAGAUCCUUCGAGGCCGCAGAGAUCUUCACCAUGGAUAUGGGCCCUACAUGGCCAUUGUUCCUGGCCGGAUUGCGCUGUCGUGAAGCCGAGGUGCGUAACGAGGCGAUUCGCCUGCUAUACGAGAACCCUCGAAGGGACGGCCUUUGGGAUAGUCGUAGGUUGUACGCGCUGACUAUCCGCAAUCGCAUGCUCGAGGUUUCGAAUGCGCAGGAGGGAACUCUUGAGGAGCAAUGGUGGCGUCUGCAGCAUCGGUCGGCGUAUGUCAACGAACAAGGCCAUCUUAUCGUCAAGGCGAUAGACAAAAACCCGUUGACGGGGACCUGGGACUUCGGCGAGGAUACCCUUCGUCGGUUUUUGUUUGACUGA